AAAAACGAAUGGACAGAAUUCAGCACAGUGGAUACCUCAAAAUAUAUAAAUAUCAAAGAAUCUUCUAUAUAUGCAGAGGACGAGGACGCGUACUACGACUUGUGCGACCUGAUCGACCACAUGUGCGAGUUCUGUCAACACAGGGCUCGAUUUCGGUUCUUUUCCAACUACGUUGUGCACAUGGAGAAGUGCCAUGGUCUCUAUUACUGUGACCUGUGCACUGAUAACUGCAAAGUUUGGUUUUUGUGUGUAUUUAAGCUCUUUACGCACGAGAGGAGGAACUAUACUCGGCAGGAUUUGGCCAGACACCGGAGUGAGGGCUACGACUGUGCUGAACAGAAUAUUCCUCUGCAUCCGUCGUGCAAAAUAUGCCACAAGCGCUUUUUUGACUCAAAUGCUCUUUAUUCGCAUCAAAAAUUGGAUCACCACUACUGCCCACUAUGUCCAGAAACAUUUGUUUUUUUCAGAGAUUUGCCUGAUUUGGAUAACCAUUUGGAUUCCACUCAUUUCGUGUGCCGGAUUGAUAUGUGCUACUACCAGAGACCUUUGAAUGCCUUUAGCACUGAAGUGGAGCUGAAUCUUCACAUUGCAUCACAGCACUGCUCAGGGGACUGCACACGAAACUACGUCGACUUCAUCACAACCCCACCAAAUCCUAAUUCUGGGGAAAACACAGAAGAUCUUAGCGAAUUUGCGUUUUUCUCAGAGCUGAGGGUCGAUCCCCUGACUGUGUCUCGAAGGAAUAUGCCGCGUGGGUUUUGGGCUUCCCGACUUGGCAGAAUCCCCAAGAAGAAUAUUUAUUCGAAUGUUUUCGGCCCAACUCCCCCUCCUCCCCGUCCACGUGUCUCCGCAAAUACACCGUCAACGGAAGAAGACGAGAAGGCUCAGUGGCCAGAAGUGAUUAAACCAAAACCUGCCAAAGGUGUGUGGGGAAAGCAGCGGACUAAUGGGGAAAAGAAGGAGGAAAAGGAGACUGACAGUAAUGUUCGGUCUGUUCUUGGUCUUGAUGACGCACCUGCUGAGAGUAGGCCCAGGACGGUGUGGAACCGUGAGGGAUACACUGGACCCAAAAUAUAUCCAAAAUCUGUUACACCGUGGACCCGAAAACCUAAAAAUUGA